AUGCCCGGGCUUGUUGGCGGCUUGUCCAAUCGUCGCAAAGUACAAUAUCUUCCAGGAGUAAACAGAGAAGACUCGGAUGACGAGCUCGGGACAGAGGACCUUCCGUGGGAGUGGAUUUAUGAGGAUGAAGCGGCUGGCCCAGACCCGGACGGCGGAAAGGGUAGGAAGAGAAAGAGGACCACGACCCAGCCGGCCGAGAUUGUUGGCGCUCGCAUGGGAAAAUUCGAGUGCUAUCUGGGAGACACCAUGCUGCUCAAAGCCGAGCGCUCUAACGAGGCCUGGGUUGGGUUAAUAUGCGAGUUUCAGGAGGACGAGCUGGGCGAGAUGGCUGCCAGGUUCAUGUGGUUCUCCUCCCACCACGAGAUUCGCGGUUUGCAGAAACGGACCGACUUCCUUGAAAAUGAAUUGUACAUAACGCCGUCGUAUGAUGUUAACCCUUUGGCAACUAUCAACGGCAGGGCGCACAUCAUGUCCCAGGCAGCCUACAUGAAGAAGUACCCCAACGGCAAAGUCCCUCGCAAAGCGAAGGAGUUCGGCAAGGUGUUCAUCUGCCGCCGAGGGUGCAACAUGAGGACAUGCACCUAUACCGACGAGUUCGUGUGGGAGGAUGUCUACCGGGGAAGAGGCGACAUCGAUGCUCUGCAGGAUCUUGUCCGCAAUGGCACCAAGGCUACCCGUAGGCGAAAGCGCCCGAAAGAAAUACCCGAGGAGGACUAUAAGAUGGACGAUUUAGAUGGUGAUGCUGGGCAUGAAUACGCCCCUGGAGUACCGCGCAGCCCAAAGAAGGCACGAAUGCAAGACGCAGUCACUCCAAGCAGCAAACGAAGGACCCCCGGCAGCAAACCAGCGACGCCUUCCUCGCAUCGCCGCAUCCUAGUCAAGAAGCACCUCGAAUUCACCCCGCUCGCCACCCGCAUCAUCUCCCCGCUGCAUGUGCAGUCUUCGCCUUAUCAGCUUGCCCGCACGCAGCUGCAUGUCGCCUCGGUACCUACCAGCCUCCCCUGCCGCGAAGCCGAGUUCAGCCUAGUCUACUCCCACCUGGAAGCCGCAAUCACAGACGGCGCCGGGACAUGCAUCUACAUUUCGGGAACACCCGGCACGGGGAAGACGGCGACGGUCCGCGAGGUGGUCGCACACCUGGACGCGGCCGUGCGGGCCGACGAGCUCGACGACUUCAUCUUCGUCGAGAUUAACGGCAUGAAGAUUACAGACCCGCACCAGUCGUACUCACUACUGUGGGAGGCGCUCAAGGGCCAGCGCGUGAGCCCCGCACAGGCGCUCGACCUGCUCGAGCGCGAGUUCAGCCACCCAUCCCCCCGGCGGGUGCCGUGCGUGGUGCUGAUGGACGAGCUGGACCAGCUGGUGACCAAGAACCAGGGGGUCAUGUACAACUUCUUCAACUGGCCGGGGCUGCGCCACAGCCGCCUGAUCGUCCUGGCCGUCGCCAAUACCAUGGACCUGCCCGAGCGCACCCUCAGCAACAAGAUCAGCUCGCGCUUGGGCCUCACGCGCAUCACGUUUCCCGGCUACAGCCACGAGCAGCUGAUGCGCAUCGUGCAGAGCCGGCUGGCGGGCGUGCCGGGCGACAUUGUCGAUCCGGACGCGGUGCAGUUCGCCGCGCGCAAGGUGGCGGCCGUGAGCGGUGACGCCCGCCGCGCCCUCGACAUUUGUCGGCGGGCGGUCGAGCUCGCCGAGGCGGAUGCCAGGGCAAAAGAAGAGGAGGCUGAGAGCGUGCCGGCCACGCCGAGCAAGACCGGGCGGAAGAAAAAGGGCCACAACCUGAACAAGCAGGAGGAGGACACGCAGGUCAAAAAGAGAAAGGCUCCCUCGGGGAGGGUAACAAUCGAGACGGUCCGGCGAGCCAUCGCCGAGGCCACCAGCAACCCGCUCCAGCAGUACCUCCGCGCGCUGCCGUUCGCGUCGCGGCUGCUGCUCACGGCGCUGCUGAAGCGCACGCAGCGGACGGGGAUUGCCGAGAGCACGUUUGGCGACGUGCUCGAGGAAAUGCAGCGGACGCUGAAGCUUGCCGGGGAGAGCCGGCCGUUGACGCUGCUCGACAGGAAGGCUCAGGAGGCAACAACGACACAUGCGCUGCUGGGGACAGACUCCGGGCUGAUGACUAUGAUGCCGCCGGCUGCUCGCGCAAAGAAUGCUUCGCAGCUUGUGCGACCGGCCGGGCUAAGCGUUGCGGCUGUGGAUCUCACAGGGGCGGGUAUCAUUAACUUGGAAGGGCAGAGGCCGGAGCGGCCGAGUAAGAUGCGUCUGGCCGUCGGAGAUGAAGAGGUGAGGCUGGCGUUUCGCGACGAUCCAGAAAUCAAGGCACUUGGUAUUAUGCUGUAA